CUUUGCAGUGAUACAGUGAUACUAACUCGGACAGUGAUGAUGUAUCAGCGCAGAAUAUUCGCGCCCUGACAAAUUUCCCGCCUCUGACUUCAGCGUCCCAUCAAGAACCGUUAAAUAAAUAUUAAAGUGAGUUCAUCUCAACGGAUAUGCAGCACUAUGGAGAGAAUAUGUUUCUGAUGAAGAAAGUGAGGACCGGUUACAGUGGAGGAGUUGUGUUGAGGAUGUAUAAAUAAUGUGGGCUGUUUGGCUCUUCGGUGAAUUGUGCAUGAGAUCCUAUGGGAUCCACCUUGGUGUUCUUCGGAUAAACACCUCAAUACCCAUCACCCAGGUAACAAGCUAACACACUCUGAGUUGACCUGAAUCUAUCCCUUCCCUUUGGUCAACUUUUUUCAGUGCCACCAUGCCAAUCAUCAGCAACGCCAACCAUGACUUCAGCAACCUCUCGGUCAGUGACGAAAGCAGCUUGGACCACAUCUUUACCGAGAUCCCAGAAACAGAAACCAUCAAAGGAGUGUACUAUCAGCGCGCCCAGUUCAUUCGCCGACCAGAAGAUCUGCUGUCGGUGGACCAUGGCCUGCAGGCCCUCAUCAACGUGGGGGGCAACCGUUACACCUUCCCCUGGAGCACCCUGGAGCAGUUCCCUUUGACACGCUUAGGUCGUCUGAGACCCUGCAGCAGCCCUGAGGAAAUCGCCCGCGUCUGUGACGACUACGAUGAGGCACGUCGCGAGUUCUUCUUUGACCGUAGCCCCAGUGCGUUUCGCGUUAUCCUCAACUUUCUAGCGGCGGGAAAGCUUCGUAUGUUACGGGAGAUGUGUGUGCUUUCGCUGCACGAUGAGCUGAACUACUGGGGUGUGGAGAUGACGUACAUGGAGCAUUGCUGCAAGCGCAAGAUGUACACACGCAUCGAUGAGGUUGCGGAGCUCGAGCGACGGGAGGAGGAGCGACGUCAACACAGUAUGCAGCUGCACCCUCCUCCCGAGGAGACAGGUUACCGCAAGUUCAUGAACCAUCUGAGGGACAUGGUGGAGAACCCUCAGUCGGGCUUGCCGGGAAAGAUUUUCGCCUGUUUGUCUGUGUUGAUGGUGGCGGUGACGGUGGUCAGUCUGUGCAUCAGCACCAUGCCAGACCUCCGAGAGGAGGAGAAUAGGGGUGAGUGCUCCCAAAAGUGUCAUCACAUGUUCGUGGUCGAGACGGUAUGUGUGGCCUGGUUCUCCUUGGAGUUUCUGCUACGUUUCGUGCAGGCGCGCAGUAAGCUGGAGUUCCUCCGCGGACCUCUGAACAUCAUUGACGCCUUGGCAAUCCUACCCUAUUAUGUAUCCCUAGUCGUGGUCGAAGAGAACCCCAACGAUGAGUAUGAGAGACCCACAGGAGGUAAAGGCUAUCUGGACAAGCUGGGGCUGGUAUUGCGGAUCCUACGUGCCCUUCGGAUCUUGUACGUGAUGCGGCUGGCCCGCCACUCUCUGGGAUUGCAGACAUUGGGGUUGACAGUUCGGCGAAGCACGAGGGAGUUCGGUCUGCUGCUGCUUUUCCUUUGUGUAGCCGUGACACUCUUCUCACCGUUGGUACACCUGGCAGAGAGUGAGCUUACCGGGGUGCAAGACUUCAGUAGCAUUCCCGCCUCCUACUGGUGGGCGAUCAUUUCCAUGACGACGGUGGGCUAUGGGGACAUGGUGCCCAGGAGCAUCCCUGGUCAAGUGGUGGCGCUCAGCAGCAUUCUGAGUGGGAUUCUUAUCAUGGCUUUUCCAGCUACUUCCAUCUUCCACAUGUUUUCUCGCUCUUACCAGGAGCUUAAACAGGAACACGAUCGGCUCUUUAAGGAGGAAUGCGCAGCAGCCGCUGCAGCAGCUGCUACCACAGGGCCCGAGGAGGAGCAGGACAAAGGAUGGGUGGACUAUCCUCCUCCUAUACUAGUUCUUACCCCAGACAUUGAGACGCCAGGUUCUAUCGAAGACCACUCUCUACUGGGGAAUGGUGGAGAGAGUUCUGGGAAUAACAAAUACCCCUUACCAGCUGGAGCCUUUUAACUGAUGCAAACAGACUACGCUUCUCUAGACUGGACUGCGUCAAACCUGUUCUUCCGUGCCCUCAGACUGAACCCUAGAGCAACGGACAGGGUGAAUUUUUAUAGACAGCUCUGUCUAAAGAGUUAAACCUUCACGAUUUUAGUGAAGCUAUUUUGUCUUCCAUCAGCCGCAAGCUGACUACAUCUCAUUAAAAUACUAUUUCCUUCAUGGUCUCACUGUGGACUUAACUGCUCAGAUUUAUCACUGAAAAUCCUUGAAAUAGUGAUUUAAAAGUGACAUACGGUAGUUCAGCUUUUACUGCUUAGAGCCUUGUUCUACACUGUUAGACAUACAGCAGUGACAUAUUAUUUCCUUAAUUUGAUGGUCUGCAUUUUUUUGUUUGUUGAUAUUAACAUUUUUGUUCAUGUUCAAGAAUUUGCUCUUUCAGUAAAUGGGCGUAUAUAUAUAGUCGGAAUAGAUAUGCAAUGGCUCUUGUACAGCUCCAAAUAAAG